AUGACAUCUUUCAUGGACACAGUAGCCAGUUAUGGAAAGGGCAUUAGCGACCUAGAUGCCAAUGUCCAUCCAUACGUCGUAUUUGGUAACGAGGGGACCAAGGCUGGAUGGAAAACGUUCAAUCCUCAGUCCUAUGGCAUAGAACCUUUGAGCGUUAUGGCUGUCGUCUGCAACAACCAGCUGAUCUACGGCAUUUGGGGCGACGAAAACGGCGAUGACGGCGACCACCCAAUGAUUGGUGAAGCAUCCAUAUCGUUGGCAACUGCAUGUUUUGGGAAAGGCGUGAAUGGCAACAGUGGACAUGAUGGCAAUGAUGUUCUUUACAUUGCAUUCCCUGGCAGUGACGCUGUUCCCGGGAAAGACGGAGCGAACUGGGCUGCCAGCAACUUCGCUUCUUUCGAGAGCAGUAUCCAAGCGCUCGGCGACAAGCUCGUUCAACGAGUCGGCUCGACUACCGGUGGUGGUGACCCCGGGACGGGACUUGUGGACCUGCCGGAGCUACGCCGCCUGCUACAACUUGCAGUUGGGCUGGUCACUGUGCUGGUGCUUCUUGUACAAGCGCGGACGAUUGUUCGGACGACUUAA